GCUUGACUCGUGAGUCAUGAGUGUCGACUCGACAGUGUAGUGCAAAAACAAAGAUGGAAAGACUGACAAAAACGUUCGUGUUAUUUGGAAGGAAUUGUUUAGUUAAAAGUGCUGAGGACAGGCUGUCAACGACACUACAACAAGUCCGAUCACUUCAGCUGUGGGCCGAUUGGAGAAUGAAAAAAGAUGUUAGGAAGCGAAAAGCACUUGAAGAUAAUUAUGAACUGAAACUAAGGUACAAUGCUAUGAGAAGAAGUAAUAUCCUUCCUCCAGAGAUAAAAGAGCUGGUUACUGCAGACUUCCAUAAGAACCUACCAAACGAUGUCAAAAUGAACAAGAUCAUCCCACGCUGUGCUUUAACAUCUCGUCCGAGAGGUAAUGUUGUUAGAUGGCGACUCAGCAGAAUCAUGUUCAGACAUCUUUCGGACUACAAUAAAAUGGCUGGCAUCCAAAGAGCAAUGUGGUAGAUCGUUGUAAAUAUUAUUAAAAAGUAAAUAAACUGUAGGAAAGAUUUUUGUUUUUUUUCCUACGUAAAUUUUA